CACGCAACCAACGGCCAUUUUACAAAGCCAGCAUUUAGAGAGCCUGUUAUCCACUCCUCGUCGGCAUCUAAGCGUUAGUUUUGAAUAUAGUGCGCUAUUUAGCCUAAUCUAUUACUCUCGAAAGGUUUUUUAACGGUUUUUCCUUCCCGCUUGUGAGAAAAUGUCUCGUGACCGCUCCCGUAACCGUGGAGGAUUCCAGCAUCGAGGCCGCGGAGGAAUGGGAAUGGGAAUGCGUGGUGGGAUGGGAAACCCUAACUUUCGAAAUCAAAACCAGCAUCCUUAUCAAAACCGAGGACACCAUAUGGGUGGUGGGUUUAAGCCGAAUCAGGGAAACCAGCCCAACCAGGCCCCUAUAACACCGAAGCCGCAGGAAUCCAAGCCAGUGGUCCAGUCACCUCCAGCACAAGGCCCUGGUCUGGCCCAGCAAAGCAACAACAAAGGCCCUUCGCCUCAACAGACCGCCAUCGCCGCUCCGCCGAAGAUCCAGUCUCCGCCGCAGAUCCAGUCUCCGCCGCAGAUCCAGUCUCCACCGCCACAGAAGAUCCAGUCUUCACCACAAAUCCAGUCUCCACCGCCACAGAAUAACGCGAAAACCCCAGAUCUCGGUUCCCCACAGAACCAGAUCAGAAAGAACCAGCCAAAAGGUGGAGUGGGGAAUGGUCAAAAACAGCCUGUUCCCAUGCAGAAAGAACCGGAAAAGAUGCUACCACCGCAACAACAGAGUAACACGAGCAACGAAGGCUCUCAGCCUCAGGAAUUGAAGGCAACGCUAUCUUUGCUGCGCAAGCCUGGGGAGAAAACCUACACUCAACGCUGCCGUCUGUUUAUUGGGAACCUACCGAACGACAUCACUGAAACCGAAUUCAGGAAAUUGUUUGCAAAGUAUGGGGAACCCAGUGAGAUUUUCAUCAAUCAAAGCAAAGGUUUUGGAUUCAUCAGGCUGGAAUCCCGUGCUUUGGCAGAGGUUGCAAAAGCUGAGCUGGAUGAUAUUCCGAUGAAAGGCAGGCCUCUCAGAGUUCGUUUUGCCACUCAUUCUGCUGCACUUUCUGUGCGCAACUUAUCUCCAUUUGUGUCCAAUGAGCUGCUGGAGGAGGCCUUCUCUCAGUUUGGAGUGGUGGAGAGGGCUGUAGUUAUCGUAGAUGACCGUGGCCGCUCAACGGGGAAGGGCAUUGUUGAGUUUUCUUCCAAACCAGCUGCACGGAAGGCUAUUGAUCGUAUCAGUGAUGGAGUGUUCCUUCUCACAUCGUCACCCCGUCCGAUUGUGGUUGAAUUGUUAGAGCAGUACGAUGAUGAGGAUGGUUUGCCAGAGAAACUUGCACAGAAGAACCCCAGUUAUCAGAAAGAGCGAGAUCAACCUCCUCGGUUUGCCCGUCCUGGCACCUUUGAGUUUGAAUACUCACAGCGAUGGAAGUCCCUUGAUGAGAUGGAGAAACAACAGAGGCAGCAAGUGGAAAAAAACAUACGUGAGGCCCGUGAAAAGCUGGAAGGGGAGAUGGAAGAUGCCUAUCAUGAGCAUCAAGCGAACAUGCUCAGACAGGACCUUCUUAGACGUCAAGAGGAACUUCGUCGGAUGGAAGAAAUGCACAGUCAGGAGAUGCAGAAACGUAAAGAGAUGCAACUCAGGCAGGAAGAGGAACGCCGUAGGAGAGAGGAGGAGAUGAUGCGGCAGAGGGAACUUGAAGAACAGAUGAGGCGUAAACGUGAGGAGUCUUACAGAAUGGGUGGCUUCAUGGAUAAUAGAGAAAGGGAGAUGAGAAUGAAUUCUAGUGGAGGCCUGGGGUUGGCUGAUAUGCCGUUUGGGUCACCUGGCCAGAAGUUCCCAUUGGCAGGAAUGAAUUUUGAAGGACACCAAGGAAUGGGGGGAUCUGCACCAGGGGGCAUGGCGUCCAACGAAAUGCGCAAUGAGCGUUUCCCACAAGGUGGGCCUGGUGGUCCAAGGGGCAUGGGUGCUGGAAACCCAGGAUUUGGCAGGGUCCGUGAGGAAUAUGAUGGAGCUGCCAAGAAGCCUCGCUUCUGAUCUGGCACUUUAAAAGCAAAGUUUGUAUGUGGAAUUCCAGAGGCUCAGUUCUGGAGUCACAAUUGAUGUAUUUAAGUUUAAAGAAUUUUCUUGCAAUUUUAGCCUGAAAACUCAUCCCAUUUGUGGCAAGAUCUUUUCGUCCUAUUUUUAUUUUGUAUUCUUAAUAGGUUAAAUAAAACCAUUGAAGUCAGCGCUGGCUUAGUGCUGCUAACAUGUAAUCCACUUUCUAAUUAGUCUUUAUCUUGUCAUGUUACUUGUGUUAUGCUGGUGAAUAUUGUAAAUUUGUUCUGAUCUUUCAAUGGCUGUGUUCUGUGCCAUUCACAUUUAAAAUACUACAUGUACAUUUUUCAAUAAAGAGUGCAGUUGGUUCUCCCAAACCCCA